AUGGGAGCGGGCCGGCUCGGCGCGCCCAUGGAGCGCCACUGGGGGGUCUCCGCCUCGUCGGUCCGGGAGCCGGCGCCCGGCGGCCCCGAUGGGCGGCGGCGGGAGCCACUGCGGCGCCGGGCGAACAGCGCGUCGGCUCCCGCCGUCGGGGCCUCGGCUUCGGCGGAGGGCGUAAGGCGGGACCGGCCCGGCUCUUACAGCGGCGCUACGUCGGCCUCCCGUCAGCGCGUCGAAAGCCUCAGGAAGAAGCGGCCGCUUUUUCCUUGGUUUGGCUUGGAUAUUGGUGGGACCCUGGUCAAGCUGGUUUAUUUUGAACCCAAAGACAUCACUGCUGAAGAAGAAGAGGAAGAAGUGGAAAGUCUUAAAAGCAUUCGAAAGUACCUGACCUCCAAUGUGGCUUAUGGGUCCACGGGUAUUCGGGACGUGCACCUGGAGCUGAAGGAUCUGACUCUGUGUGGACGCAAAGGCAAUCUGCACUUUAUACGCUUUCCCACUCAUGACAUGCCUGCUUUUAUUCAAAUGGGCAGAGAUAAAAACUUCUCGAGUCUCCACACUGUCUUUUGUGCCACUGGAGGUGGAGCGUACAAAUUUGAGCAGGAUUUUCUCACAAUAGGUGAUCUUCAGCUUUGCAAACUUGAUGAACUAGAUUGCUUAAUAAAAGGAAUUUUAUACAUUGACUCAGUUGGAUUCAAUGGACGGUCACAGUGCUAUUACUUUGAAAACCCUGCUGAUUCCGAAAAAUGUCAGAAGUUACCAUUUGAUUUGAGAAAUCCAUACCCUCUGCUCCUGGUGAACAUUGGCUCUGGAGUUAGCAUCUUAGCAGUAUAUUCCAAAGAUAAUUAUAAGCGGGUCACAGGUACCAGUCUUGGAGGAGGAACUUUUUUUGGUCUUUGCUGUCUUCUUACUGGCUGUACCACAUUUGAAGAAGCUCUUGAAAUGGCAUCACGUGGAGAUAGCACCAAAGUGGAUAAACUAGUACGAGACAUUUAUGGAGGGGACUACGAGAGGUUUGGACUGCCAGGCUGGGCUGUGGCUUCAAGCUUUGGAAACAUGAUGAGCAAGGAGAAGCGAGAAGCUGUGAGUAAAGAGGACCUUGCCAGAGCGACUUUGAUCACCAUCACCAACAACAUUGGCUCAAUAGCAAGAAUGUGUGCCCUUAAUGAAAACAUUAACCAGGUGGUAUUUGUUGGAAAUUUCUUGAGAAUUAAUACGAUCGCCAUGCGGCUUUUGGCAUAUGCUUUGGAUUAUUGGUCCAAGGGACAGUUGAAAGCACUUUUUUCGGAACAUGAGCCUGUUGGCUCUGUUUGUCUCUGUGUUUUCCAUUUACAUUCGUGCCUCUGGCUCUAAUGUCGAUCUCUGUACUUCUGGAACUCUGAUUAUUUUAGGUUCUCUGAGUCAUGAAAUAUUCUCCUGUCUGCACACUGAAGUCAGUGUGUCUACUGUUGUGAAAGCUUUGUAUAGAUUCUUCUCAAGCCUUUCUCUUUCAUUGUUUACUGUUCUCAUCUUACACUUCUUGGCUUGUAACAACCUCUGUCUUUUACUAGAUAGUAGCUUUUGGGUCUUCAGUGGAACUCACUAUAAUGGUUAACUUUAUCCCUUCUUCUUUUGUUGUAAAAUAAAACACAGAUAGAGAAAACCACUUUAUAUGUAAAGCUAACUGUUACAAAGUGAACACCCUUGGGACUUCCUUGGCGGUCCAGCAGUUAAAGCGGUGUGCUUCCACUGCAGGGGGCGUAGGUUCCAUCCCUGGUCAGGGAACUAAGUUCCUGCGUGCUGCGGCCAAAAAAAUUAAAAAAAUAAAAUAAAAUAAAUAAAGUGAACACCCUUGAAUUCUGUCCUCUGGCUGUAAUUGUGGGUUUCUGAGUGUGGCUGAGUCUUGCUCAGUUGUGUCCCUUCUACAGUUUCUGACUUUCUCUCAUAAUACAUUCAUGUGGCUGCUUACUUAUUUAUUUUUUAUUAUUUUUAAUAUUUAUUUACUUGGCUGCGUCAGGUCUUAGUUGCGGCAAACGGGAUCUUCGUUGUGGCAUGCGGUAUCUUUCUUUUUGGCAUGCGGGCUGUUUGUUGCAGUGCGCAGGCUUUUCUAGUUGAGGUGUGCGGGCGAGUGCAUGGGCUCUGUAGUUGUGGCGCACGGGCUUAGUUGCCCUGCGGCAUGUGGGAUCUUAGUUCCCUGACCAGGGAUUGAACCUGUGUUCCCUGUAUCGGAAGGCAGAUGCUUAACCACUGGACCACUGGGGAAGUCCCCGUGGCUGCUUAUUUUUAAAGCCAAAAAAGAGUGAAAGGGCAGGCCUCUCUGUUGUGUGGCCACAUGUUCUUUGGAGAAGCUUUUCUUGGAAAAUAGACUAAACCUUAGUUAUUUAUAUUUCAGAGACUUCUCAUAUGUUCUUUUUUUUUAAAAAAAAUAUUUAUUUAUGGCUGAGUUGGGUCUUCGUUAUAGUGCGUGGGCUUCUUAUUUUGGUGGCUUCUCUUGUUGCGGAGCACGGGCUCUAGAGUGCAGGUUCAGUAGUUGUAGCGCACUGGCUUAGUUGCUCCGCAGCAUGUGGGAUCUUCCGGACCAGGACUCGAACCCGUGUCCCCUGCAUUGGCAGGCAGAUUCUUAACCACUGUGCCACCAGGGAAGUCCCUCAUAUGUUCUUCUAAUCCAUAGCAGGUCUUCCAGGAUCUUCCCAUAUUCCUUUUUCAGUCACUUCUUUCUUUCUUACAGUACUUUACUAUCUGAUUGCAUCCUUUGGAGACCUUGAUGGAUUCUGUAUCGUUGUACGAUUAUUCUCUGAUUCCUGCUGA